AUGACGAGACUUCUUGUUCAUCUUGUACGAGUAUUGGUGGCAACAGCUACAGGCGUGUCGGCGUUUGUUCCACAACAGCAAGCAAGCUCGUCGGCGAGAAAGCAAUGGUCCAAUAAUAUUACGCCAUUGAAUGCAAGACCCCGCUAUUACCAGGAGGAUGAGGCGGACUUACCCCCGUGGGUUCGCGAUCGGCAGAGAGAGGAAAAGGAUCCUGCGUGGCCUCCGGAAUAUUCGGACGAAGUCUAUUACAACUAUGAACCCGAGCCGCAAUACUAUCAUCAAGGCCAGUUUAAUUCAGUAGUGGAAGAGUGGGAGGACGAAUUUUUGGAGGCUCCGCCUCGAGAGUCGCUGCCGAGAAGCAGGAGGAGAGAGGAUACUGGUAGAGAUACUGGUAGUAUUGUGCCCCAGACCGAGUACCUAUCGAAACAGGAAGAAGAAGACUUGGAGGAGGAGGAGGAAACAACUAUAACAAAAACAACAGACACAGAACGAGUCCUAGCUGCCGGCGUCGGGACGGGUGUGCUGGGCAUGCUGGUGGGUGGACCGAUUGGUGCCGUUGUAUUGGGAUUCUCUUCGGCGUUUGCCGCAGAAAAUUGCAAAGAAAAUACCAUUGUCGGUGAUUCGGCCAGAGCCAUUGGAGAUGUGGCCAUUGCGGCAACUAAAAAGGGCGUGGAAAUCAAUCAAAAGCACAAUGUCGUCGACAAGACCAUUGUGGCAGCCGAAGAUGCUUGGGAAAAAGCCAAAGAAUUGGAUCGAGAGCAUAAAAUUGUGCAAAAAGCAAAAGAUGUGGCCAUUUAUGGAGGCACUGCUACGGUUGAUUUUGUGCGUAAACAUAAUUUGGUCGAAAAGGGAGUCAAGGGGAUCGGUCAAGGCAUUGGCUGGGUCACGGAAAGAGUUGUGGCUGGAAGUUUGGAUGGGGAGACUAGUAGUGACACUCCUCCUAAUAAGCAUAAUUCCAAGAGGCGUAGGAGAAUGAAGGAUGCCUCGCCCGGGCCGCCACCAGCUCUGGAGGGUUCACACAGAACCAGGGAUUCCUUUCCGCCACAACAACGACGUCAACAGCGACAAGAACAACAACGCUACAUGUAUGAGGAUGACGCACCACCACCACCACAACGGCGACGACGGCAGCAACCGCGACCAAAUCGUCGCCGUCCAGAAAAUCUAAUGCCCACAACACCGUAUGACAAUUAA